GCGGCAGCGGAGGUAGAGGCGGCGGCAGCGGCAGCAGCGGCUCUUGUCUUCUCCGCCUCGAGUCUCCUCUCUCUCUCUCUCUCUCUCCUCCUUCCUUCCUGCCUCUGUCAGUAGUUCAGAAAAGGCUUCCACGGAGAGACGAGGGCUGCUCCCUUUCGCCUCAGCUCAGCGCACAUCGACCCGAUACCAUACAUUCCGCACCAUGGCCGCCACGGACGUUGACGUGUUUUCGGACGGAGAGAAGCGUAACCUCAGUUUGGGCGGCCAUGUUGGAUUUGACAGCCUCCCCGACCAACUGGUCAGUAAAUCGGUCACGCAGGGAUUUUGCUUCAACAUUUUGUGUGUAGGCGAGACGGGGAUCGGAAAAUCGACGUUAAUGAACACACUCUUCAACACCAUGUUCGAGAACGAGGAGGCGAGCCAUUACCAGAACGGCGUGUAUCUGAGGCCGCGAACGUACGACCUGCAGGAGAGCAACGUCCACCUCAAGCUGACCAUCGUCGACACCGUCGGCUUCGGCGAUCAGAUCAACAAAGAGGACAGCUACAAGCCCAUUGUCGACUACAUCGACACCCAGUUUGAAAACUAUCUCCAGGAAGAGCUGAAGAUCAAACGCUCUCUGUUUAACUAUCACGACACCAGGAUCCACAUCUGCCUUUAUUUCAUCGCCCCGACGGGACACUCCCUCAAGUCUCUGGACCUCGUCACUAUGAAAAAACUGGACAGCAAGGUCAACAUAAUUCCCAUCAUUGCCAAAGCGGACACAAUCUCCAAGAGCGAGCUCCACAAAUUCAAAAUAAAGAUCAUGAGCGAGCUGGUGAGCAACGGCGUCCAGAUCUAUCAGUUCCCCACGGACGACGAAGCCGUGAGCGAGAUCAACGCCUCCAUGAACGCCCAUCUGCCGUUCGCUGUGGUUGGGAGCGUGGAAGAGGUCAAAGUAGGGAACAAAACCGUGAGGGCCAGACAGUACCCCUGGGGCGUUGUGCAAGUUGAGAACGAGAGCCACUGCGACUUCGUGAAACUGCGAGAGAUGCUGAUCAGAGUGAACAUGGAGGAUCUGAGGGAGCAGACGCACGCCCGCCACUACGAGCUGUACCGCCGCUGUAAGCUGGAGGAGAUGGGCUUCAAAGACACGGACCCCGACAGCCAGCCGUUCAGUCUGCAGGAGACGUACGAGGCCAAGAGGAAGGAGUUCUUGGGAGACCUGCAGCGCAAAGAAGAAGAAAUGCGGCAAAUGUUUGUGAGCAAAGUGAAAGAGACGGAAGCAGAACUGAAAGAGAAGGAGCGAGAGCUCCAUGAUAAGUUCGAGCAGCUGAAGCGGAUGCACCAGGAGGAGAAGAGGAAGGUGGAGGAGAAGCGGAGAGACCUGGAGGAGGAGAUGAACGCCUUCAACAGGAGGAAGGUGGCGGCCGAGACGCUGUCCUUAGCUCAGCCCCUCAAGAAAGACAAGGACAAGAAAAAUUAAUUUAUGGGCCGCUGUUCACCCUCCCACACACGACCAUGGAUUUGUCCUCCAUCACCAUAGCAACGACAACAUCUGUUUCGUUUCUGAUUUAUUUGUUUGUUUAUUUGUUUGUUUGUUUUUGUUUUGACAUUCCAUCUUGACUUUGUGCACAUGGACCAAAGACACUGAGGAUGAUGAUGAUGAUGAUGAUGCUGAUGAAGCCACACGGAGAGAAAAGAGUAAAAUAAUGAUAAAAAUGAUAAUGAGGAAAAAAAACGUUUCAUCAACUUCAUCUCGUUUAUUCAGGAUCUUUCUUUAUGUGUCAUUUUUUUGUUUGUUUUUCUGUUUGUUUUUUUUUUGACAAUUUGUUUUUCUAUGUUGUGAUUUUUAUUUUUUUUGUGUGUGUUUUCCAUUGAAAUUAGACAAAGCCCCUCUGACCUUUUGGUACUGCACACGACACAGUUUAUAUUUGGAAAAAGAAAAUGUGCCACGGUGGGGAAAAAAAAAAUGACUGACAUUUAAAUGGACGAUAUCAGUAUAAAUUAUGCCUUUCCUAUAUAUAUAUAUAUAAAUACAUAUAUAUAUAUAUAUAUAUAUAUAUAUAUAUUUUUAGACACGUCUGAUAUACUGUCCAGGUGAGAUGUGUCUGUUAACUUUUUGUAGAACUUAGCUUUAAUGCAUUUCAUGUUAGAAGCCCCCCUGUAUCGAACGAGCCCAGAUAAUAAAACCCGAGCAAUAACCAAGUACCUGUAUCCUGCAGAUUUAGCAAAUACAUAGGUACUGACAUACUAAAAAAAUAUUAAUUAUGCAAUAUUCUGGUGCUGCUUCACAGUAACUCGAUAAAUGUAUGUGAAUAUUUUCUUACGAAGCUUAAUAUGCAAAGUGUACUAGUUUUUGAAUAUAUUAAUGUAAGGAGCACAUAUUAUUAUGAUGUACAUUGUCAAAACUAAGUGAUUUAACUUUAUUGUAAAACCGUGAUGUGAGUGUUAACGACAAACAUGAAGCCAGUAUAUUAUAAUGUACACACAUAAAAACAGACGUAAACAGACACAGGGAACGCGCAGGAGUUUCCACUCAGACGCCCGAGAAGAGAAGCAGCUGUAUUUACUGUGUGUCCUUGGAAAUAAAUGCAAACCCUCCUCCCGA